GGCACCAUGUUCCCCGCGGGGUCCCCUAGCCACAGCCUUCUCGGGCUCCCCCUGCUGCAGUUGCUUUUGCUGCUGGUGCAGGCCGUGGGGAGGGGGCUGGGCCGUGCCAGCCCGGCCGGGGGCCCCCUGGAAGACGUGGUCAUCGAGAGGUACCACAUCCCCAAGGCCUGUCCCCGGGAAGUGCAGAGAGGGGACUUUGUGCGCUACCACUACAACGGCACUUUUGAGGAUGGCAAGAAGUUCGACUCGAGCUAUGACCGCAGCACCUUGGUGGCCAUCGUGGUGGGGGUGGGCCGCCUCAUCACUGGCAUGGACCGAGGCCUCAUGGGCAUGUGUGUCAACGAGCGGCGCCGCCUCAUCGUGCCUCCCCACCUGGGCUACGGCAGCAUCGGCGUGGCGGGGCUCAUUCCCCCAGAUGCCACCCUCUACUUUGAUGUGGUCCUGCUGGAUGUGUGGAACAAAGCAGACACUGUGCAGGUGAGCACCUUGCUGCGCCCGCCCCACUGCCCCCGCAUGGUCCAGGACAGCGACUUUGUCCGUUACCAUUACAAUGGCACUCUGCGCACCGGCACCACCUUCGACACCAGCUACAGCAAGGGUGGCACUUAUGACACCUAUGUCGGCUCUGGUUGGCUGAUCAAGGGCAUGGACCAGGGGCUGCUGGGCAUGUGUCCUGGAGAAAGAAGGAAGAUUAUCAUCCCUCCAUUCCUGGCCUAUGGCGAGAAAGGCUAUGGGACUGUGAUCCCUCCGCAGGCCUCCCUGGUCUUUCACGUCCUACUCAUCGACAUCCAUAACCCCAAGGACACCGUCCAGCUGGAGACGUUGGAGCUGCCCCCAGGCUGUGUCCGGAGAGCAGUGGCUGGGGACUUCAUGCGUUACCACUACAAUGGCUCGUUGAUGGAUGGCACUGUCUUUGAUUCCAGCUACUCCCGCAACCACACCUACAAUACCUAUAUCGGGCAGGGCUACAUCAUCCCUGGGAUGGAUCAGGGGCUGCAGGGCGCGUGCAUAGGGGAGCGCCGGAGAAUCACCAUCCCCCCCCACCUCGCCUACGGGGAGAACGGAACUGGAGACAAGAUCCCUGGCUCCGCCGUGCUGAUCUUCAAUGUCCACAUCAUCGACUUCCACAACCCCGCAGAUCCAGUAGAAAUCAAGACAGUGUCCCGGCCUCCUGAGACCUGCAAUGAAACUGCCAAGCUCGGGGACUUUGUUCGAUACCACUAUAACUGCUCCCUGCUGGACGGCACCAAGCUCUUCUCCUCCCAUGACUACGGGGAUCCCCAGGAGGCAACUCUGGGUGCCAACAAGGUGAUUGAAGGCCUGGACAUAGGCCUGCAGGGCAUGUGUACAGGGGAGAGGCGGCAGCUCAUCGUGCCCCCGCACCUGGCGCACGGGGAGAGUGGAGCCCGGGGAGUCCCUGGCAGUGCUGUGCUGCUGUUUGAGGUGGAACUGGUGUCCCGGGAGGAUGGGCUGCCCACGGGCUACCUGUUUGUGUGGCACGAGGAGCCCCCUGCCAACCUGUUUGAACACAUGGACCUCAACAAGGAUGGAGAGGUCCCUCUGGAGGAGUUCUCCACCUUCAUCAAGGCUCAAGUGAGUGAGGGCAAAGGACGCCUCUUGCCUGGGCAGGAUCCUGAGAAAACCUUAGGGGACAUGUUCCAGAACCAGGACCGCAACAAGGAUGGCAAGAUCACAGUCGAGGAGCUCAAGCUGAAGUCAGAUGAGGACCAGGAGAGGGUCCAUGAGGAGCUCUGAAGGGCGGGAAGCCUGGGCCUGGCCUCAGACAUAAAGGCCAACCAUUAGGCGGACAGUGGCAAUGGGACUGACCUGCCAGCAGUCACCCCCUCUGCUGGCAUAACGUCUGGGAGCCACCUAGAAAGUUGUCACAGGAGACAACUCUGGUUUUCCACUGGCCCUGGAUUAAAAUCCACAGCACAGACCUCUAUUCCACUUUUUUCUUCCAGCCCCACACCCCUUCCUUAAAACGUUUGGAGUUACAAAGGCAAUUUGGGGAUAGCGGAGUCCAGGGUUGGAUGGGUCUCUUCCUGGGUUGCUAGCCCCUCACCCACCUUCCCUCCACUUGCAAGACUGAUCUGAUCAUCCCUUAUUUCCCCAAACUUCCCCUUUAUUUGUACUUCUCACCGCCCCCACCCCGCACCUCCAGUCCCCAUCCCUCUGUUGUGGCAGCUCCCCAAGAGCAAGAAUCAGGGCUGGGGAGACCCUCCAGCCUUCCUCCCUCAGCUCUGACUGGCUCUUGGGGAAGGGGGUGGCUCCAGGAGGGCAGCCCUGCCUCGUGGGUCCCACUGGCCCAUCUCACUGUCACUGUCUCCACGGUGGGGCUGAGCUGCCCCUGGGGUGCUGGAGGUCAGGGCUGGACUUCAUGUAGUCUUUUAUCCCUAAAGAAGUCUCUCUCUAGGUGUAGAAGAGGAAGAAAAUAAAGGUUGUGUGUGAGGAAAUCUGCUUAGAUGGGUUUUAGGGCUACAAAAUCUUUGGGUUUGGGGCUUAUUUGGGACUGAAGGGUGCUAGGG